AUGAUACUUAUAGAAUCCACCUCAAAAAGGCAAUUGACUGACAACGACUCAGAAGACGCAGAACAGGAAGAGCCUGAGGACGUCGAACAGGAGGGCGGGCAUGAAUUACAAGAGAACACCAAUGAGUCUGACUUGUUGUAUCGUACAACAACACCGAUGGGAUUGCCAAACAUAUUACGCUCAGACGUCAAUGCAAAGUUAUUUCAUGAUACAGUCAUCAGCAAAGCUAAAGCAAUCACGACAAACAUUUCAAAUCUCAGCACCAUUGUCACUGCAACCAUGUACCAACAGCGUGAAAUUUGUGUACCUAUGGUCAAUCAAGAUUUAAAAGUGCUUAAAGAGGAAGAAAAUGGUUCCAGAUCGCCUCAUCAACGUGAUAUCGAAGGGCUGUUAUCAAAACGACAUCUGUACUAUCUGAAUUCGCACCACUUUGGGACAAAAACUAAGACGACUACCGACACUAUUCACCCUAUAUGGCAUACCCUUUGUUUCAAGAACCCCGGCUUGCCAGCAGCACCAUCAGGCUUGUCAAGAACGAUCGAGGCGUCGAUAAACGAGUACAGCACCAACCUCAACAACAUAUGGGCGAGUGAUAAGAUUUUUAAAGCAGCCCUACAUCAUCUGACAUUGGAUCUGUUGCGCAUCAACUUGGCGACAAAAAAAGAGAAGGAGAACGUCGGAAAGGCCGAAAACUUGUCAAGGAUGCGUGGGAGCAAAGCCCCUGUUGGAGAAAGCAUUGAACCAGAGGAGGAGGAGGGACCUCGAAUAAAAGAUGACCAAACCAGCCUUGCUUUUGGUGAUGAGACUGUUGACUAUAUUGAAGAUGAAGAUGAUGACAGUGUUGCUUCUAGUAACGACGAGAUUGAACUUGAAGAGCGCUUAUCUGAUAUCUACUGUUUAUCUACGCGUUCGCUACCUGUCGUUGACGAAAACGGAACCAUCCAAUUGGGCAAUCUGGUUACUACUAUGGCUGACCGUGAAGCUGCGCAUGAAGAUGAAACUCAAGAUAUGGAACUGUCGCAACAAGAAGCACAAGUUGAUGAACUGUCUGAACAACAAAGAACCCAAGAUAGCACACCCAACGAGCAGAAGACAUCUUAUUCGCGUAUCAAGUCGUUGCAAGGUCUACUGAAAGCGUUAUUACGUUCACCGAGUAUACCACGAGACCGAGACGUAGAAGAAACUCAAAUCACGGAGUUCACACGAAUGAAAAGCCUUGCUGCAUGGGAGGUCGCAGCUGUGCAAAAGAUUGCCAACGCACUUUUACCAUUCACGCCCGACGACGAAACCCGAUGCUUCAUGACAGAGCUUCCAUUCGUAGUCUUAUCAAAUACGAUUCUAUCUGCUAUUGGCUACAAAGACCAUAUUGUCGCUAUUCAUCCUGAUGUUGCACCUCACAAUAUCCACGUGCAGGCAUUGACACCAGCAAUCAUGUACGAGAUUUUGACACCUCAUAAUCGUGGACGGGCUCAAGGUCAAUAUCAAGUGCUAGAUGACCAGAACAAUCCCAUUAGAUCGUGUGAACGAGCUCGAGAUAACCCCGAUGCUAUGCUAUGGUCCUUCUUCGAUCAGUCUCGUGUUGAAUCACUAGCGGACCGACAUCGCAUGGAAUUCUAUAAUCGCAUUAUCGUACGACCAGACAAGACCGUAUCUAUCGUUGGAAUCAUGAAGGAAGCGACGAAAGAAGGGAGAAUCGAAGCAAGUACCGCACUAUCGAUACGUGUGCGUGAAAAUCGGCAAGCUAGGCUCGCUAUGCUGCUUAAUCAUCGUGAUUUGAAGAAUGAAAAGAGUCGUAGAUACAAGACCCAGAAGUUUAUCGAGCAGGCGAAAAACAACAAGAAAGACAAUGCCGCUGCAACUACUGUCCCAGCAAUAAUACCGACUGUGCAAAAGCCCUAG